CUACAACCAAUCCGGGAGCCUCUACAGACACCUUUUUUUGGUAAUCCUCUUUCCUAAGAGGAGCUGUCCGAUCAGCACCACACUGCGCGCUCUGUUUGGCCGGAAAUAACACAAGCCACAUUAAGCGGGCUUACACUGACCGAGUCACUGGUGAUCGGAUUUUCUGCUCGGAAUUUCUUCAUUUUGCUCAUCAAGGAUGGCGCUACUCUGUAGAAAUAGUUAUACGUGAUGUUUUUGGGUAUACCUAUGUGGGGUAAAGUUUUACGCACCAAACUUAGGAGUGCGUUUAGUUAGAGAGUGCUCGGGGUUCAGUGUUUGGCUUUUUACUUUCCCUUUGACUUUGCUUUACGGUAAACGCCGCCGGUAUGUUUUUACUCCUGUAUGGAUUGUUAUGCUUGUGUGCCCUGAGCUGCGGUCAACCACCGAGCAGCCAGGUGGACGACGGAAAGCGAUACAUCUGCAGGGCGAUACCCCUCAGCGGCGAUGCCAGCUGCCCUGUGACACUGUUACCCGAACUAAACGCCGGGAGCCAGGAAGAGGAGCUCAGAAAUACUGUCAUGCAGCUGCGAGAGACAAUUUUACAGCAGAAAGAAACGAUUUCCAAACAGAUAGGCACCAUCAACGAGCUAACCACCAAGCUGUCCCUCUGCGCCUCAGCCACCGACGAGGGAAAGUAUGAAAAGGGGGCUCCCUGGGGCAAAGAAAAGCAAAACACGAUGGGAGAUGUUCCCAGAGAUCCAAAUGACACCAUUGACAGUCUGGGAAAGACCAUGCAAGGGCUCAAGGACCGGUUGGAGAACUUGGAGCAACAGCAGCUGCGGGCCAAUAUAUCCGGUGCUGCGUUCCCCAGCGAACUCCGCGACCUGCUGCAGCGUCGGCUUGGGGAGUUGGAGAAGCAGCUCCUGAAGAAAGUCAGCAACCUGGAGGAGGAGAAGAGCAUGCUGUCCAAUGCCACAGCCGCCUACAGGCUGAAGACAGAGAGCACACUGAACGCCCUGGUAGAGAGGAUCAGUGAGCUGGAGAAAGGAGGAGGAGACUUCAAGUCCCCAGAGCAGUUUAAGCUGUCCCUCCCCCAGAGGACCAACUACCUGUACGGCCGCAUCACCAAGAGCCUGCCAGAGAUGUACGCCUUCACACUCUGCAUGUGGAUCAAGUCCAGCGCCAGUCCCGGCAUAGGGACGCCUUUCUCUUAUGGCGUGCCGGGCCAAGCGAAUGAGAUUGUGCUGAUCGAAUGGGGUAACAACCCAAUAGAGCUGCUCAUCAAUGACAAGGUCGCCCAGUUGCCCUUGGAGGUACGUGAUGGAAGGUGGCACCACAUUUGCAUCUGCUGGACCACACGGGACGGCCAAUGGGACGCUUACCAAGAUGGAGAGAAGCUGGGAACUGGCGACAACCUGGCGGCCUGGCACCCCAUCAAACCCGGAGGGGUCAUCAUCCUCGGGCAGGAGCAGGACGUGGUGGGCGGGCGCUUUGAUGCCGGACAGGCCUUCGUGGGCGAGCUGAGUCAGGUAAAUAUUUGGGACCGUGUCCUGAAGCCGGUCGAGAUCCAGUCCAUGGCUAACUGCAGUUCUUAUAUCCCUGGGAAUGUGAUCUCCUGGCUAGCGACCAACGUUGAAGUUUUUGGGAGAGGAGCAUUCAAGCGGCCUUUGGAGAUGUGUCAGGAGCGACUGCCCAAUGCUUAAAACUCAUGUCUGCCUCUGUGUAGAUUAGCUGGUUUUUUCAUCCACUCAGCAUUAUUUUAUUGUCUGCUCUUACUGCGAGGCAGUUUAUGGACUUUACAUUAAACACUGAGUUGUAAAAACUUGAUUUUAUCUGCUUUGCACAAAGAGAUAUUUACAGUUUAUGUGAUGGCUGGUGUCUGUUUUAUUACAACUGGCGAUCAGAGGGCAAUGUACUAACAUUUCAGUCUUCGCCAUGACUAAGGUACUUCAAUCCUUCAAAACACCCACCACCACGGUAAAAGGUCCCCUCAGGUAUCAGUGCUAAGACAUAAUAUACAUCAUCAUCCCCACACAGUCUCCCACACACCCCUCCCUCCACACUCUGAAAGCUCUGAAGUAAUGAAAAUCCACUCUAGUCUGGCACAGACGCAUGCAUGUACUGCUACUACUACAAGGUCCAGAGUCGCUGACAGUUCGGCGUUGACAUGUGAGUUGGUGUUGCGUGCAGUGUGGGAGUGAGGAAAGAUUACAGGUCUGGCUAAUGUUAUGUCUAUUCCUUAACUAGGAAAUGGGCUUAGUGCCAGCAUCAAUCACAUAUCCGAUCCUGACAUUUUCAGUCAUUUUUAAGGGGAAGAUACCUGGAAAAGUACAAUUUUGGCCCUUUAUCUGUUAUGUGUUUAAGAUGGUAUUGGAUUAUUAUACAACAGGCUUAAUUUUCUGGUAGAAAUACUAUUGUUAAAUGAGUUUUCCAGCUUUGAUAUAAGUUAAAACUAGACCUUGUUGGGAAGCUUUAUUCUUGGCAAACGUAAGUCAUACCAGUGAUAUUAAUGAGUCUAUCACAGUGCUUUUUUCCUUGCCUUUUUCCCAUUUGAACAAACCCUGUUUAAAUGACAAAUCAUGUUGGAAAUAUAUUCAUAGCUUUAAUGUUGUGAUAUAUUUUUACUUGUACCAUUGUUGCAGUGGAUUGUCUAACAAAGCAUCCGGCAGAAAAUGUAACAGAUUCGACUGAUUAAAAGUCUCAAAAAUGCUUUUUUUUUUUAAAUGUACAUUAAUCAUUUGUAUGUAGAGUGUAAUUUUCUAUUGUGUCCAUGUGUCUCUGUGUCCAGAAAAAAUAGAGUUUUUAUAUGUCAUGUCUGUUUUGAGCACAUCUAUAAG